AUGUCACUUAUUGGACUUAAAUCAUCAAUUCACUUAUUAACCUUUUCCAUUGGAUUUGGUGGUUCUUUCUUCUAUUCAUAUAUUGCUUCACCAUUAGCUUUCAAAUAUUUAGAACGUUCCCAAUUUUCAAUUUUACAAAAUCAUGUUUUUCCAAUCUAUUUCUUAGGUCAAACUUUGAUCCCUUCAGUACUUGGGUUGAGUUCAACCAUCCCAUUAACAAACUUGUCAAUUUCAAUGUUGGUAGUAUCAACAAUUACUUCAGGUAUGAAUUAUCUUUGGUUGAUGCCAAAAUGUAGAAAGAUCAAAGAAGAAAGAAAUUACUUGAUCAAUAACAAUUUAGAUAAAGUUGAUGGUAUUGAGACUGCAGAUUUCAAACAAAAGACCAAAGAGUUUGGUAUUUAUCAUGGUAUUUCGUUAUUAUGUAAUUUACUUUCCGUAGGUAGUUUGGCUGUUUACGGUUUGACUUUUGCUUAA